CAUCUCUCUGUUUCUAUCUACAGUUUGACAUCAACCAGCUGAUGACCUCAGUGAAUGUAAGCCAAAGCCUCAGCCCCGUCCACAAGCCGCUGGAGUCUCCGAGCAGCAUCGGCAGCAAUAGCGGUGGUAGCAUGGGUGGUGGUAGCAUGGGCGGGGCCAGCGGCAUGGCCGUGGAGCAGUCGCCAGUGGACCGUAGCAAAGGCUUCUUCCCCGACGAAUCAGAGCCCCUGCUUCGCUGCGACUCCACCUCCAGCAAAGACUCCGCCCUCAGCAGGAACGGCUCCUUCAUUACCAAAGAGAAGAAAGACACUGUUCUCCGCGGAGGCGAUCCCGCGUGGCGACCUGAAGCGCCCAUCUUCGACUACAUGCUGCACAUUCCACAACCCAGAGGAGCUGCACGCCAUCGAUGA